GGUCGUUAUAAUGUGGCAGGCGCUGUUUGUGUUAGCAGAGCGCUGGCAUUGCAACAAGGCUGAGUAUUUCUGUAGAAGGGCUGCUGGGAAAAGUGAGCGAAUGUCACUAAGAUAUUGAAGUUAUAUGUGUUACGUAGUCUUCAUUUAUUUAAACCAUUAUGUAUUUGAUUCAACCAAAAUUUGUCACAAGCUUAGCUGUAUCUGGUGCACACCCAUGUCUUUACCGCAUGCAGCAGCAGCACUAGCAGCAAUUUAGCUGUGUUCUUAGUUCAGUUGUUCCUGUCUUGCUCGGCUUUCUUCCAUGUUUCUGUGUCUCUGCCCUUGCAUCAGGCAGGUUGCCAGGCAGGAACGGCAUGUGUGCGUGUAGAUGUACGUAUGGUAUGUGCAGGUUUGUCCAGCAGCCUGCGAUGACUCAGUGUGACAGAAGGUGAUUAUUUUGAGCAUCUGUAGGGUAAAGGUGCUGCUUUCACUGCAGCGUGUUUUUUCACAUUUCAUGCCACAUCAUGAAACAAGUUUAUGAGAAUGCAAGCAGUUUCCCUGUCACUUGGCUCCUCCCUUUCUGUGUCUUCCUCUUGUACACAGCAUCAUCCUCUUCUCUCAUCUGUUUUCCUCCAUGCUCCGUCUUCACAGUUGUUCCCUCCCUUACCUUAAACUAGCUGAGUUGCUAGGCUGGAGAAAUCCUUGCUGAAUAACAUCUUUCAGCCUCCCCUUCCUUACCCUCUCCCUCCCUGCAAUUCCUCCCUGUUGGUGGUGUCAGAACAGAGGUGAAAAACAGCACAGCUACCUGGACAUUUUCCCAACACACUAACUGCUUAGAGGUCACAGUUUCUCCACUUCUCCCACUGUCUGACUCGGAUUUUCUCGCCCACCCUGUCAUUACUGUUCUGGUGUGCAAAGUGUUUUUCUUGUUCUGCUGCAUGUAGAAUCUAAUCUCCACAUAAAUGUCAUGAAACAUUAUUUUCUCACUGUAUUUUCAUUGGGUAUUAUGCCAUCUAAUUUUUAUAACUCUCUCUGUUGUCCCUCUAUGUCGUACUCUCCCUUUUCAACCGAGGUUUAAACCUCCGUUUAUGCUUUGGGGCACCAUGGAUCUAUCAGCGCCUGCUCCAGUGUUAACCCUCCUCCACUGACCUCACCUCCUUUCCUCCGUCCUCUUCCUUUCCCUCUUUCAUCUGCCCCUCUUCCUCCUCAACCCAUCCCCUCAAUACCCCCACGUCUGUGAGCCAGGGUUACCACACAGCCUCUGCUACGUCAUGGCAGGAGAGAAAGGGCCAACUAAGCGAAGCGCCAUGGACAUCAAGCGCCUGGCGAGCCUCAUCCAGAGAGGAACAGGCCGCUUGCUGGUGAUCGACAGUAGAACCUUUUCUGAGUACAAUGCUUCACAUGUGCAAGGCGCGAUCAACGUCUGUUGCUCCAAGCUGGUGAAGAGGCGACUGCAGCAGGACAAGGUGUCUGUUACUGAGCUGCUGCAACCUAAUGGCAAAGUGAAGGUGGAGCUGGGAAGGAAGCAGGAAGUGGUGGUUUAUGACCAGAGUUCCAAAGAAGCGGCGCAUCUUUCCAAAGAUGGCUUUGUGCACAUUCUCAUGGGAAAGUUGGAGAGCACCUUCCACAAAGUGUCCCUGCUCACCGGAGGUUUUGCUGCUUUCUCUUCCUGUUUCCCCGGCCUGUGUGAGGGGAAGCCUGCCACUGCUCUGCCUAUGAGCUUAUCCCAGCCCUGUUUGCCCGUGGCUAAUGUAGGGCCCACUCGCAUCCUGCCACACCUCUACCUGGGUUCACAGAAGGACGUCCUCAAUAAGGAUCUGAUGGCUCAGAAUGGUAUCACUUACGUGCUGAAUGCGAGCAACACCUGCCCCAAGCCAGACUUCAUCAGUGAGAGUCAUUUCAUGCGCAUCCCGGUCAAUGACAACUACUGUGAGAAAUUGCUUCCCUGGCUGGACAAAACCAAUGAAUUCAUAGACAAAGCUAAGGUGUCAAACUGCAGAGUCAUUGUGCACUGCCUGGCUGGAAUCUCGCGUUCAGCGACCAUCGCUAUUGCAUACAUCAUGAAGACAAUGGGCUUGUCAUCAGAUGAUGCCUACAGGUUUGUAAAAGACCGGAGACCGUCCAUAUCCCCCAACUUUAACUUCCUCGGUCAGCUGCUGGAGUUUGAGAAGGGCCUGCAGUUACUCCAGGCUUUGACUUCAACAUCUGAUGAGAACAUUUCUGAAAACAACAGCAAGCAAAGCUCUGACAUUAAUGGAGUGGACACAGGUUUCGCGAUGAACGGACAUCACGGCAACAAUGACUCAUCUGCGGCAGAUCCACACAUCCCAGCAGAACCCAAGCUACCAUCACCCAUCUCCCUCCAGCAAGGCUUCAAUGGCCUGCACCUCUCCGCAGAGAGGAUCAUGGACACUAACCGGCUCAAACGCUCCUUCUCGCUGGACAUUAAAUCUGUCUACUCCCCCAACAGUCCCCGUUGCCCCAGCCUGGCACCCACGCACUCUGAAGACGUCCCCAAGCUCUGCAAGCUUGACAGUCCAGGAACUGGCACCUCAAAUGGUGUCUGUUCCCAGUCUCCAAUCCUAGACAGCCCCAGCUCCUCGGAUUCUCCAUUCCCCUCACCAGGCAGCAGCGGCAGCAUAGGGGGUUUGGGACUCGGAGGAAGUGAAGUCCAUCGGUCUAGUUCUUCGUCCUCCAGACCCAGGAGAAAACCUAAGCACAGCUCCGGCAGUUCACCAGUCCACGCACAACCACACCAACCUCCACAGUCCCUCAGCUUGUCACUGGACCACAAGAUCCCCAACCAGGACGAGAACUUAAAAGGCUCCCUGCUCCUCUCGCUACCCUCCCUGCCCACUGUGGGGUCUGGAACCAUGUGGACCAAACACAGAGACACUGUCCAGGCCACUACUCCCGUCACACCGGUCACACCCACCACUGAUGCCCCCUGGCACUUUGGGGCAUCAGAGGGCGGUGAGAGGGGAAUGGAUCUGGGAGAGGGCGGAAAUGGAGGAGGGGAGGAGUCAUCCGUGAGGUUUGGCAGCAGCUCAGCGUAUGUGGCGUUUGGGUGCAGUGAAGGUGUGCGGUUACGAGACAAAUCUCAGAGGGAGAAGCCCUCAGCGCUGCAAACACAGAGAGACUCCACGUCAUCAUCCACCAUGUCCCUGUCCAGCAGCUCGAACAACAGCGGGCCUGUGGCGGAGAAGCAGUUCAAGCGGCGCAGCUGUCAAAUGGAGUUUGAGGACGGGAUCGCUGAAACGCGGUCCCGAGAGGAGCUGGGGAAAAUCGGGAAACAGUCAAGCUUCUCUGGAAGCAUGGAGAUCAUUGAGGUAUCCUGACAGAUAAUGGACUUCAUCAGAGGUGUCCUAUGGGGACGAAAAUAGACCUUGUUUGAAGGUGUUCAAGAAGGGGACAUAUGAGGAGGAGCACAAGGUGUUUCUUUUAUGCUCCCCUCACUGACAGUGUUAAAGACUCCAACUGAGAGAAGGACAAAUAGAGACACAAGCUGAGAGUUAAUGUGAAAAGGUUUAGCAAGCGAAUUAGCAUUGGCACCUGGACAGACAGAGCCUAAGACGUGGUGCUCAGCAGACCAUAACCAUCCUGAACUCUCAUAGAAAUCUGAAGAAAAGCCUGGAUGAGGGUGGGUGACUGUAAUUAGGUACUGAAAAUAUUCGGUCACAGAUUUAAAAAAGAAAAAAACAAAGGAACAACACAGGUUAAGUGAACGUUGCAUCCUUAUUACAUAGAAAACCCCUAUUUUGACAGAGUUUGGACAAAAACUGCUUGCCUGUGGUCAAAUGUAGUGUGCUUCAGUGGGUGUAUAUCUUGUGAUUCGAACCAAGCCCCAUGUUUUUUCGCCCAGAGCUUCACCCCGGUGUAAAGAAAGCCUCAAAACCUCGCACGACUACGUCCCCACCCCCAGACUCCCGGCAGCUCUGCAUUACAGCGUUGAUAGCUCUACAGACUCCUUUUAAAAAGCACCGUCUCCUCACAGAGAUCCCAAGGACUUAAUCAAAGGUGGUACUGCAUCAAAACAAUGAAGGAUCCUCAGCAAGGGGAAAGACUUUGAGUUGAAGACUCUCAGUGACGGGCAGUGACACGUCCCCCCCCACCACCCUACAAAGCACAGAGUGUCUUUCCUGACUUUGGCUCCCUUGUUUCAAGUGUUAACAGCGUGACGGGACUGAGGUUUCAGGAUGUUGACGAGGGUUUCUCUCUGAAGCCCUUCAUCUCCUUUAACCCACACACCCCACACACACCCCUUCACCAUUGCUCCCAGUCAUCACCUACGGUCACCACUGAGCAUGCACCAGAAAGGCUGACUACAGAGAGACAAAUACUAUAUAUACAAUAUGAAUAUAUGGACUUUUUUUGUUGUUAUAGUUUUAAUUUAUUGUACUGGUUCAUUCUGGUAAUGAGAAAUAAUAUAAUGUUUUGUGGAUUUAUUUCUUUUCUUCUUUUUCUUUUGAAUUAUUAUUGUUAUUAUUAUUAUUAUUAUUAUUUGCUGUAUGGUAUUUAUGAACACACACUCAUACAAAUACACACAUUCAACAAAUUCAAGCGAGCAAUAUGUGCUGUUCCUUCUUUGGGGGAGAGUGAUGUAUGACUUUGAAAUGCACUUUUCUGCUUUCUGAUGAACAGUUCUGAUUAUUCCAUUCACACCCUGGCAAGUUAAUAUUCCAAAAAAUGAGUUUCGAGUUUUGGUUCAUGUGAGAGCGUCGUCUGCGGUGUGGGUUUAUCACAAGCGAGGGCUGAAGCGUUCGACUAAAGAGACGUUUCAGAGACACACACACACACACACGCUACGAUCACUCACACACAGUGGAACAUUAUUUCCUGCCACUUUCAUCAGGGCUUGCAUAGCAACAACUAUAUGCAAACAGACACGCUCUCUUUCACAAGACUCCCAGUGUCCUCGCCGGAAAGCCAGCUCCAAGUUCACCAGUCGUCGUCAUCAUAGUACGUCCCAACAAAGCUGAAACCAACGCUCACACUCAUACCCGUACUGUAUUGUACCCAUGAUAUAUUCACUCCUGUAGAACAUAAGCCCAAACACACGCACCCUUUUUUUCAUUCUCAGGGGAUCUUUCAGUGAGCCAAGCCCGACACAGGGUUCAUAGCUGCUGGUACAUCAGCACAAUGCAUGUCCGUAAAGCUCCCUCGCUUUCUCUCUCUCUCUCUCUCUCUCUCUCUCUUUUUUUUAUUAUUCUUCCUAUUUUAAUAUUUGUCCAAAGCUUCGAUUUAACAAAAAUCAGCAUAACAAAAGGAAAGGGAAAAAAUAAAAGAGGAUUUUUCAUAUCCUGAGGUGAAAGAAAUGAAAACGUUGCUCUCCUGGUGCGAGACGGUUUAUUUAUUUAUGAUGUAAAAUGUGUUUCUUUUUCCUUUGACCCUUGAUUAGCUGUUAUCUUUGGCAACCUUUGACCUUUGUGCUGCUGCAGCUCCAGUAAGUUUCGGAUAGAUUCCUGUGUUCCCAUGAGGCGUGAGCAACCUCUCCCCAUCCUCCUCCCUCUAUUUUUAAGAAAUGUUGUUAGAUUUAUUUAUGACAUGUAACAAAGAUGAUGCAGGCUGUCCCAUUUGCUAAAGUUGCUGUUGUUAUCAUUAUUAUGAUUAUUAUUAUUAUUAUUAUUACUUGUAAAUAGCGAUGCAUCUAAGAACACUGAUGACUUUAGAUGAGUUUUUAAAAGAAAAUCCUGAUACCUUAGGCUGCUUGACGCAAAAAUACCUCAGGUUCUAUUGAAAGGCUUUUCCUUCCCCUGUACAUGUUUUGUGAAAAUGAGACAAAAAUACAGACAUGACAAAAUACCAA